AGCGCGACUUUCCAAACAUGCUGGGUGAUCAUUGCGUCCCACUGAAGCACUUUUAUCAAUCAACGGAGAAAAUUACAAAGAGGACUAGGCAAUUUAAAGAACUACCAAAGCGGUUUGGGCAAGAAUACCAGCGUUCUCCCUGCCAGAGGAGGCUGGGCAGAGCAAAGGCGUUUACUGGCAAUCCAUUGGAGCAGCUGGAGGCCAUGGCUGUUUCUGAUGGAGAGUUGAACAUCACUGAGGUGGAUGGGCAUGUGAGCGAGCAGGUGCUGAACAUCAAUGCCAGUCUGCCCAGUGUCCAGAGCAAUGAGUGCUACACUGAGAGGGCGGUUGCCAGCUGGGCCGUGUCCUUUGAAAGACUUCUACAGGACCCCAUUGGUGUCAAGUAUUUCACUGCAUUUUUAAAAAAAGAAUUUAGUGCAGAAAACAUCCUGUUCUGGCAGGCCUGUGAGUCCUUCCAGCAGAUCCCAGCAAAUGACUCAAAACAACUUGCAGAGGUAGCACGGAAGAUCUUUAACACCUACCUGUCCAGCAGUUCCCUGAGCCCCAUCAACAUUGACAAGCAAGCUCAGCUGGAGGAGGAUGUACUAAACUCGCCCACUUCAGACAUGUUCAAGGCACAACAACUUCAGAUCUUCAACCUGAUGAAGUUUGACAGCUACGCCCGGUUUGCAAAGUCACCACUUUACCAACAAUGCAUGUUAGCCGAUGUUGAAGGCCGGCCUCUUCCUGACAUUGAGCUAUGUAAACGGAGCCCAGUCUCGGAAUGCAGGACUAACGGGAACAGCUCGAGCCCCUCUGGCUCCAAGAAGAAGCAGAGACUAAAAUCAGGCAAGUCAUUUUCUGGGAGCAAUCUGGAAAGCUCUGACAGAAGAGGAGGGAGUACGGAAAAGCAGAUCUGGCGAAAUUCAAGCAAGUUAAGCCGGAGGAAAGAGAAGAGGGACUCCUUGGGAGCAGAAUUUACAGAAAGCAAUGGGUUUUCCCUGACCCGCCGAGAGUCACAGGGGUCAGUCUACUCCACAGCCAGUGUGGAACUUGGCUUCCUCAGCUCUCUCACUGCCAGAGGUGAAAAAUCAGAGAACGAGAGACCGAUCAGCAGUGUUCCAGAGACGGAGAAAGAGCAAGCGAUUAAAUAUUGUUGUAUUUACCUGCCUGACGGAACUUCGUCCUUAGUCAAAGUCCGUGCUGGUCUAACUAUCCGAGACCUGCUCUUGAACAUUUGUGAGAGACAUGGAAUCCCAAUGGCUGCUACAAGCAUCUAUCUGACCAGAAAUGAGAAGAAACCACUGGUGCUGGACCAGGACUGUAUGAUACUGAGUGAUCAGGAGCUGCGUGUGGAGAAGAAAAUACUCUUUGAGUUAGAGUUGGUUCCAAUCAACAAGAAGCUGUGGGUGACAGCCAAACCCAACAAAACAGUGGCUGAGGCUCUCCAACCAUUCCUCAUCAAAUACAAAUUAAAUGCUAAGGAGAUGGAGGCUAAAAUAAGUGGAGAAUCGCAGACUCUGAAAUCAAAUGUUAAAGUAUCGUGUCUGGAGAAUCAGAGGGUUGUCCUGGAUUCAAUCAGAAAAACACAGCGAGAUAAAACAUCGGAGGUGAUAAAGAAUGUCAGUCGAUCUUCCUCAAGCCGUCUGGAGACCUAUUCAGGGAGCAAAGGCAGUUAUGAAGUUGCCUCCACGGAUUCUACAAAAAGAAGAGGAAAAGGAAGUAAGGAGGAAAUGAAGCAGGUGUAUCGUAAGACUUACGAUGUGGAAGCACUUUUUGAGUUAUUAUCAAAAGCACAGAGUUCCCGUGCAAAUGACCAGCGAGGGCUUCUCAGCAAAGAUCACCUUGUGCUGCCAGACUUCCUGCAGCUUCCUGAAGAAUUGUCUGAGUUCUGUAUUGAUUCGCCCGUGUCAGAAGCUGGGGAUGAGAAGAUCAUUAAAGGUCCAACCCAGCCAGAGAACAAGCCUGGGGCCAGUCAAUGGCCUUCUGAUAAAGGAACUGCUGAGGGUGGAUGCAAUCCUGUACUUCAAAGUGCACUGAACCCCUCAGUUAAACAGAGCUCUACUGCCCAGGCCACACAAGGUCACAUUUCAUACAACCAGAAGAGUGCUUGCUCCCAACAGAGUUCCAACAUCAGAGGACUAGGGCAGCCGAGCUCCAAAGAGCUGAAUCCAAACCAAGGUUCGUCUGGUGUAACUGAUCCAGCCAUUGCUGUUCACUGUCCUGCAGAUAAGCCUGAGGUUCAACAGUCCACAGUGACAGGUCAGAAGGAAACUGUGCUGACACAGCACUGUAAUAUUGUAUCUGAAUCCACACAGAAGCAAGCUGACCCUAUAGACCCACCUGCCCCAACACCCUGUCCAAUGCCCAUACUCCAGUAGUGUUUAUGUUUGAUUGGUCACAAAGAUGUAAGCUCGAUGCACUUUAAUGAAACUAAACUUCCUGUUAUAUAAAUGAUGGCAAAAUUUAUACUGUACCUUUGGGGCUGGCUAGAUGGACUGAAGUCGGCCUUUCUAGUGCCAUAUGUUCCUAUGAUCUAUUAUUGUGCAUUAAUCAGAAGUUGACAUUUGCAGCAGAUCAUUAUGAAUGAUUGAAACCGUGUACUGUGGCCUGGUUUGAAAUGUUGUCCCUCUUAAAGACACCAGCGAGGUUGAAUUAGAGUCCCAAACGAUGAGUCCUAAUAUUAUUCUCAGCUCGUUGUCAUGGCGGGAACACAUACUGAUUUCUACCUAAUGUGCUUCUCAAUUCAGCAAGGAUUUGGACCGGCAUAAUUCUAAACUGUCUUUAGCCAAAGCAAAUCCAGCACUGCAAUUAACGCACUUGUUCAAUGUCCGUUUUGUUUACAUUUUCUCUUAUUUGUUUGUUUGUACAUUUGUUCUUGUUAUAAAGAAAGACAAUUUUAGGAACUACUGUUGAGCCUUUCUGCACUACUGAUCAGGUAUCAUAUCAUAUUGCAAGACCCAACAUGAACCCUCCUCAUGGACCAACCAAACUUUGUUUUAUUGAAAAAAUAGAAGAACUUGUAGCCUCAUAUAACAUAUCCAGACCAAAAGUCUGAAAGUGCUUCAGAGUAAUUAUUAUGCUAUGCCUGGUUUUGAAGGCAAACAUAGCAAUCAAUAUGAACACAUCAAUAUCCUACAAUUAGCCAUGAUAUCAAUGACAAAUAUAGUCUGGAGCAUCGUAAACCAGGACACCAAGGAACCAUCAUUUUCUUUUCCAGGAGUGUCACUGAGCCACCUGAAAGCAACCAGAUAACAUCCCAGUUUAAAGCCUCAUCCAAACAACAGCACUGCUGAGAAUGCAUUGAUUCCUCAGUAUACACUGCUGAGUCAGCCAAGUGUGGUAAAUCAUGAUAACCAUAAGCUUCUGACCAGAGAUGAAAAUGCAACCGUCUGAGCCAGACUGGCACCUGAUAAAGUCCUAUUCACUACCCACUUUGAAAACUGUUCUUUGCUGUUGAGAGGGAGCAGGUGAAGGCGAUUGUUCAAAGAACAGAACCAGCUCAAAGAUCCUUCUUUGAAAAAACUAUGUUCCCUUUUAAUUCUAAUGUAUUUUUUAGGACCGUUGAGAAAGUAGUUUUAGUUCUUACAUUUUAUUGGUUGUUUCGUCUUUGCCAUAAUGUUGUGUUUCUGGUCGCCACAACAUAAGCAGUCUGCCCAGGCUCUAGAGGUAGUGCAGAGGAGAACAUCAAACAUAGUCCCCAGUUUGAGAGAUUUCUCAGAGGGGAACUUUUACCCACAAAUAUACGGUCAAUUCACUUUACAAUCUAUUCUGUGAAGC